AUGAGGAAGAGAACUGACCAUCAACUCAAGAUCAAAGCAGGGGACAGACUUCUAGAUGGUCAAUUCAAGGAGUUGGGGUGAGCCCAUGAAUCUACCAUGCCACAUCCCUUAGAGCUGUUAGAAUUCUGAAGUUUCUGGGUCUUUGAGAAUAUUAGCAUUAAAGAGGUUGGGGCCCAACUGGCAAAAAAAGUAAAUGUCAUUUUUCAAAUGGAUAUCAUCAAAGGUGGGAAGAUUAUGUUGCAGUGGACCAUUGAUUUGAAAAAUGGGUCUGAGGCCAUCUUGCCGCACUCAGCAACUUCCUGACUUCCUGCAGAUAAUCUCUUCAUAAUUUCAGAGUCUGUGUUAAAGGAGUUCAUUUUGAAAAAAGGGACCCCCCAGAAAGCAUUACUUGGCAAGUUCAAAGUGAGUGGCAAGGUUCUGCUUGGCCAGAAAUUGGAAAGGGUUUUUAAAGACUGGGAUAAAUUUUAA